UCUCAAAGUUCGAAUAUAGUACGCAGUUACUCAAUCGCAUAUAACCGUGAGAAAUUUUCAGACAGCGCAUGUAGCUUUCGGUUACAAAAACACGAGAUCCGCUGGUUCAGCAGUUUCUUUCUGCGUCUUAUACUUCAACCUGUACAACAUAGAUUCGUUCAUUUUUCGAAAAAAACAAAAACCAUUACGCGCUUUAACUUCCCGUCCAGCCGCGCAGCGCGACGACAAGAGAAAAGCAACAAAAAGCAACAAAAAAAAAAAAAAAAACAAACUCGCCAAGCGCGAGCGAGAAAAAGAAGCUUCUCGGCGACGGAUAAACACCGGAAACGGAACGCGUCAACUCGGUCACCCAACACCUUAAGUCGCUCGCAUAUGCGCUUCGUUAUAAUUUCGCCGACGUUCUCUCUCUCUCUCUCUCUCUCGCGCAAAAGUGCGCUCAUCUCCCGAUUUUCCCAACACACACACACACACACACAUGGAUCUCGAGGGUGCAGAAAGGGAAAGAUCGUCGGAGCCGCCCCUCAGCCGCGAGAAUCCCGCCUCGCGACCAAUCCGAGCUCGACUACAGGGGCGACACGCGUUCCCCUCCCUCGUCCAAUACUCGUGAGAGAGAGAGAGAGAGCCCGUCGAGCCGCUGAACACAGUCGUUCGCGCGCGCGAGCCUAUGCCGCUCGCGCUAGAUAGUCGUUGUACAGUUGAUAGACUUUUUCGCGAGUGCCUCGAGUGAAAAUGAAGCUCGCGGUGCGAGGUUCGAUCGACAGCCUGAGCUGCGAGUCGAACGUCGGUGCCGGCGAUCAGGAGCAGCGAGCCGCGGUCAUGCUGAAGCUCACCUCCAGAGCCAGGGACAUGUUCGGCAGUGCGGGCCCUCCGACGGCGAGUUUCAUCCAGCAGUCGAUGGACCAGCAGCACCAGCAGCAGCAGCAGCAGCCGUCGGUGGAGAUGAGCUCGUGCGGCCUGCCGACUACCGCUUCCCCGGCGACGAUCUUCGGAAGCGGCAACGUCGUCGGCGCGCAGAGCUACGACCCGGAGAAGGUCGCCUGCAUCUGCGAGGCUCUACUCCAGCGGCGCGACAUCGAGAAGCUCAGUCAAUUCAUCUACUCGCUGCCGAAGCAGCGGAUGAUGAGCGAGAGCGUCCUGGUUGCCAGCGCAACGGUGGCCUUCCACCGGCGCAACUACUACGAGGUCUACAAGAUCCUCGAGUCGAACCAGUUCUCCCAGCGCCGACACCCGGAGCUCCAGCAGAUGUGGUUCAAGUCGCACUACCUCGAGCAGGAGAAGGUACGGGGUAGACCCCUAGGGGCAGUCGACAAGUACCGACUGCGCAAAAAGUUCCCACUACCCAAGACCAUCUGGGACGGCGAGGAGACGAUCUAUUGCUUCAAGGAGCGCUCGAGGAACGCGCUGAAGGAGAUGUAUCUGAAGAACCGCUACCCCAAUCCCGAGGAGAAGAAGAACCUCUCGAAGAAGACCGGCCUGACGCUCACCCAGGUCUCCAACUGGUUCAAGAACAGGAGGCAGAGGGACCGUACGCCCCAGCCAAGGGCCGACAUGCUACCCCUGAACUGCCAGGCGUCCAACCCGCUCACCAGCCCCUUGGGUACCGCUUCUCAUCAUCACCAGCAACAGCCCCAAUCCCAACAACAACAACAGCAACAGCAGCAGCAGCAGCAGCAACAGUCGCUGAACGGCAGUAACAAUUCUCUACAGACGACGAUAGAGUCGGGCUACUCGUCGCUGACGAUGUCGCCAGUCUCGAGUAUGGGCAUAUCGCCGGGUAUCGGGCCGACGACGGCCAUGGCGCAUCACCACGGAUACGCCAGUCCCGUGGUCACGCCCUCGCCCGUUCACACGACCCACCCCCACGCGGCUGGCCUCAGCCCCAUCGGCGACGUCAAGCCGCAUUGCGCCUACGCCAGGGAUCUCUACGACAGAAAAGAAAUCGAGCAGAGUCCGGUGUACUAUUCGGCCCACUCGAACGUCUCGCACCACCAGUACUACCAGCAGAGUCACCAUCACCACCACCAGAUGAUGACGGGCUCUCACCACCACCACCAUCACCACCAGCUCGGAAUGGCUUCGAGCUACGAGAGCAUGCUGCCACCGCCCCAGCCCUCGAUGUGACCGACUGACUGCAGUCUUCUGAGGGCCGACGAGGCCAACUUUCACCACGACGAGGCUCACUACUGCCAGUCCGCCGACGACUGCUGUAAAUUGCUCUGAACUCAUUCGGCUGGUUCACCUAUCAUUACCAUUAUUGUUACACUGAUCUCCUCCUCUACUUCGACGAAUGCGUGCUGAAUACUAUUUCUUUCUUUUUUUUUUUUUAAGCAUCGAUCGUACUAUGCGUGAUUUUUGCUGUCCGAGUCGCAGAUUAUGGCUUUGAUUCCUUUUUUUUUCACACCAUUCGCGUUCUCGGCUAUACUGCGCGUAUGAAUGCGAAUUUUUUGAUCGGAUUAUAAGAGAAAGAGAAAACGACGUGAUGCAUGCAAUAUUCAACGCAGGGCGAUGCAAGUUCGCGUGUACAAAAUCAUCAUCUCGUAGGGUUAUAAACAUUGUCCUCGGAGAAUCGACUUAUCGAACGAAUAAUUCUACCUUUUGUCAUUUUUACUUCCAUUAAUCUAGCGCAGGUGUAAAUAAGAGCAUCAUCUACUAUACUUAAAUCGACUAUAUAUGUAUAUGAUGUAAAUGUAUAAAAUAUUAGUAUUAUCGAAACAUUGUGACUGUACAUGUACUGUAUAUAAUAUAGAAAAAUCAAUGUGUAUCAGAAA